AUUUCAAAUCGCUUGAAGGUGGUCGUGUGGUUAUCGUUCGGAAUAAAUUAAUUAAGAAAAAAUAACUGGCGCGGUCGUCUUUCGUUUUUGUAAUUCUUAUAUAAAUUCGCAAGUGCGCAAACAAUUGCUUCAAAUUAUUGCAGUCAAGCAAGUGGCAAAGAACAGAUUAUCAAAAUAUUUGUUGCGUUUUGAUGUUAUGCAAACAAAAUAUAAAAAAUAUUGUACAAAAUAAAUAAGGAGAACCGUUUAAUUUGAGAGCUAGCUAAGCAUUUUGCAAACAAGAGAAAGUUAGCAAAGCAAACGGGAAAAAUAGUGACAAAGCUAAGGAAUUUUUACGUCAUUUGUUGCUGUUUUUGUUUUGUGGUGCAAAUUCGUGUGCAUUUUUGUUGUAUUGUUGUGUGCACCAACACAUUUGCAAAGGAAAAACAGAAUUCGCCAACCAGCGUGCAAAUAAAAACAUAAAAUAAAACCUGGAAGAAAAUAAACUUUAAUCGCCGCUUAACUGGUCUCUUCCACGUGAAUGUCUAACAAAUCACAGUAUCCAACGUAUCAACCGAUACCCACAACUACAGUCACCAUGGACAAUCCGGCCAUGACCCGUAGCACCAGCAGUGCAGACGAUGGGGACCAGACCGGUGCUGGUGCCUUACCCUCUACAUAUUCAUCUCAACAGCUUAUGCCGCCGUCCGACAGCGAUAGUGUCGAUGACACAGAAAGGCAAAGACAACGACAAAACAGUGCCACCAUUGAUUGUGCUCCUGGUGCCCGCCGAUGUGUUACCCGUAGCCAAUGGUUUACAGUGGGUGUACUAUGUUUUGUAAAUCUAAUCAAUUAUAUGGACCGUUUUACAAUAGCAGGUGUCUUGGAGGAUAUACAGAAAGAUUUUCAAAUGCCUGACGAUGAUGCGGGCCUUCUACAAACGGUUUUUGUGCUGUCGUAUAUGGUGUGUGCACCAAUAUUUGGCUAUUUAGGUGAUCGAUAUUCGAGGCGUUGGAUUAUGGCCAUAGGUGUUUUGCUGUGGUCGACAACAACGCUGCUCGGUUCAUUUAUGACAGGUUCCGGCUGGUUUAUGACAUUCCGUGCCUUGGUUGGUAUUGGCGAAGCAUCCUACAGUACCAUAGCCCCAACUAUAAUAUCGGAUCUAUUUGUACAUGAUCUACGUUCAAAAAUGCUGGCCGUUUUUUAUUUUGCCAUACCAGUGGGUUCUGGUUUUGGUUACAUUGUGGGAUCUGAAACAGCUCAUUUGGCUGGAAAUUGGCGCUGGGCGCUACGUGUCACACCCAUAUUGGGUAUUGCUGCUGUCGUUUUAAUUAUGCUCAUUAAAGAUCCCGAACGCGGUGAAAGUGAGGGUUCCCACAAUCUGUCAACCACCACAUAUACCGAAGACGUCAAGUACUUGGUUAAGAAUCGUUCAUUUAUGCUGUCCACUGCUGGCUUCACGUGUGUAGCUUUUGUAGCCGGUGCGUUGGCAUGGUGGGGACCAAAAUUCAUUUAUCUUGGCUUAAAAAUGCAACCUGGCAAUGAAAAUCUAAUUCAAAAUGACGUAUCGUACAAGUUUGGAAUGAUAACAAUGAUUGCGGGACUAAUUGGCGUACCCCUGGGUUCUAUACUGGCAACACGCUUUAGACACCAAGUCGAGAAUUGUGAUCCAUACAUUUGUGCUGCUGGUUUAUUGAGUUCUGCCCCCAUGGUUUAUUUGGCAUUGUACUUGUCGCGAUCAAGUGCUUCGUGGUGUUUCCUGUUUAUAUUUGGAGCUCAGUUGGCACUGAAUCUCUGUUGGUCCAUUGUGGCCGAUAUACUGUUGUAUGUCGUUGUUCCAACGCGUAGGUCAACAGCUGAAGCAUUCCAAAUAUUGAUAUCACAUGCCUUAGGUGAUGCCGGUAGUCCUUACUUAGUUGGUGUGCUAUCAGAAGCCAUUAAGAAACAUUUACGCACAAAUGUCCACAGAGCUUCAGAGUUUGUUAACAGUGGUGGUCUUGAAAGUCUAUCCCUAACAGUGGUAGAAGCUGUGAAUUCGACGAUAGCAAACGCAACAACCACAUUAACGCCUAGUACCACAACGGUUCCAACAACAACUACUUCUGCAGCUACUUUCUCAGGCUAUAAUCACAACGAAGAUACUGAUCUAACCAAAUUUGAGGCUCUACAAUAUGCAUUAUUCUCUACGUGCUUUGUUGAAGUGUUGGGCGGUAUAUUCUUUUUGAUUACGGCUGCCUUCAUUAUCAGUGACAAACGUAAAGCUAGUCAGGCCAUCCGUGUUUUUGAACUCACAGACAUUACGGACUGCAAUAACAUUGAAGAAAUAGAUGAUUCAAGCAGUUCAAAAAAUAUGGACAUUUAAUAAUACAAUUAUAAUUAAAAAAAAAAAAAACUAGGCAAAAUUUUAGGUGGGUUGAGUUAUUUCGUGUUGAUUUUUGUUUUCUUUUUAAUUCCAUAAUUUAACUACUCUACCCACUUAUUUCCCCCUUUUGUUCCAAUGCAUUAUUAAUACCAGCCGAAGCCACUAAUUUUUGACUUGUUAAAAUUAGUUAAACAUAGAUGUCGUGUUGCUUUUACGCAAAUAUGGCCUUAAAACUUUGUCACUCAGUAUAACUAUCAGAAUAUUUUUAGAUAGAUUUUUUAAAAGACACAUUUUAAAAUAAAACGUUAGGUACAGACAGGGCUGUCAGAUAUGGCGAUUUCUCGCCAAACGUGGCGAUUUUUCAAUGCGUUUGGCGGCUUAAUUUCUGAUUUGGCGGUAUGGCGAUUUGUUGGCGGCUUAUAGAAUAGUUGGCGAUUUCAUAGUCGAAUUGUAGGAAAUUACAAUAUGCAUUAUUCUCUACGUGCUUUGUUGAAGUGUUGGGCGGUAUAUUCUUUUUGAUUACGGCUGCCUUCAUUAUCAGUGACAAACGUAAAGCUAGUCAGGCCAUCCGUGUUUUUGAACUCACAGACAUUACGGACUGCAAUAACAUUGAAGAAAUAGAUGAUUCAAGCAGUUCAAAAAAUAUGGACAUUUAAUAAUACAAUUAUAAUUAAAAAAAAAAAAAACUAGGCAAAAUUUUAGAUGGCCAUCAAGCUGUGCCCAAUCGUGCCCCUGUCGAUAUUGAUGAAAUUUCAUAAAUUUCAUGUCGAGCGCGCAAUGCUGCAACAACCAAAAUAAAACCAUUUUUAUGAGUUUAUCAUUUUCAAUCAUACUUUCACGAGUCAUUGCAAAAGUAUGUUGAAUUGAUGCUGCUACAGACUGAUGAACAUAGAAUACAAAACAAUCAUUACAACUAUUCUCCAUUAUAAGUUAAGUUUUUUUAAUUAGUCUGCCACGUUUAGAGGUUUAUGUUUCUAUCGACGACAAAGUGCAAAAGCCCUAUCGAUCGUGCAAAAUUAUGAGAUGAUGAGGUGAAUGUGAACAACAACACGUUCGCAUAGCAAAAUGUACCACAUCCUAUUUCACUGAGGAACAUCCUACAAUCUGCGAGACAAGAACGACAAUGUACGCCAAACCGGUGAAAAUCGUGUCAAACGAUAUCUCUAAAGAACUAAUUUAUCUCAAGUUUUAGUUUCUAAGUAUUUCUUUUUUAUUAUUUGAAAUUGUUAUUUACUGAAGUUUCUUGCUAUUUUGUUUUAUUUAGUAGUGCGGAAAGGAAAUCAAAAACAAUGUAGUAUUAGUUGUUUUUAUGAUUAUUACUAUUAAAUUAUAAAUAUUAGGUUAACUUCCUUCAUCUGUCGCAUGUAACCAUUUUUAAUUUGAAUUCUCAAUCUAUCAAUUAAAUCAUACAAUUCAUCACAUUAUCCGAUAAUUACCUUGAAUAUGUAAAUGACACACAUACACACACACGAAAACGUGAUAAUUUAAUACUAGUAAAGAAAUGUAUUUGUUAUUUAAGAAAUGAGUGCAUAUUUGUGCGCACAUUAGGGAAAGUCAGUCACUUCCAAUCACUUCAUUUUGUAAAUAUUAGUUUGGUAACAAAAGAAAAUCACCAUUCAUUAAAUAUGGACUACGUGUAGACUAGAAUUUGUAUAAUCCAAUAGUUAGUUGUUUCUUAUUUUAUUUUUGGAAACAGAAAAGGAUUGCAUAUGAGAUGCAACAAACUAAAGCAAUUUUUAUAAACAACGUGUACGCUCACUCAUAUCGCCUAUGAUGCCCAUGAAGCCAGAACCCAUUGUGUGUUUUACUUACAAAAUUUUACAAUUGGUCCAAUGCAUAAAAGUCAUUAGUUACUAAGGUUGUUUCCACUAAAUGUAUUAUUUAAAGAAAAUUUUGUGUAUGUUUCGGGUUUCGGCAUUUUAUGUUUUACAAGUGCAUAAAUUAUAUUUUCAAUUCCGGAAUAUUAGAUAAAUUAAGAAAUCCAGAAAAGACUGUAAUCUUCUGAAAAUUGUUAUAAGCAAAGAAGAAUCAAAUUAUAUGAAUUGAUGGAAUACAAAGAAGUAAAACACAAAUGCCCAGGUUUAUUUUUAUCCACUAUGAAAUAAAACUAAUUCUACAAUGAAGA